AUGGCAGGUGUAGCGCUAGCUGUCAGGUACCCACGGCUGGGAAGAUCACUGUCAGAUACGUACAGCAGCCACAAACAAAAAGAACACCACCUGUGCGAUCCAAACCACGAGUCACUAAUUACCAAGGCGGCACAGCUGAGACUCAAGAGUUUCCUUGGAGGUUUGUUUGGGCCGGUAUGUGAGAUAGAUGUGCUGCUGAAUGAUGCAGAGAACAGAAAGACGGCAGAGUUAAAGACAGAAGAUGGGAAAGUGGAGAAACACUACUUGUUCUAUGAUGGAGAGUCUGUGUCUGGAAAGGUGAAUCUAAAUGUGAAGCAGGGAGGGAAGCGACUGGAGCAUCAGGGAAUCCGCAUUGAGUUUGUUGGACAGAUCGAGCUGUUUUCUGAUAAGAGCAACACCCAUGAGUUUGUGGACUUGGUCAAAGAGUUGGCUUUACCUGGAGAACUCACCCAGAACAGAAGCUACGACUUUGAGUUCAUGCAGGUGGAGAAGCCCUACGAGUCCUACAUGGGAGCAAAUGUCAGGCUAAGGUAUUUCCUCAGAGUGACAAUAGUUCGUCGUCUGUCUGACUUAGUCAAGGAAUACGAGUUAAUUGUUCACCAGUUAGCCACUUAUCCAGACAUCAACAACUCGAUCAAGAUGGAGGUCGGCAUAGAAGACUGUCUUCACAUCGAGUUUGAAUACAAUAAAUCCAAAUAUCACCUUAAGGACGUGAUUGUUGGGAAGAUAUACUUCCUACUGGUCAGGAUCAAGAUCCAACACAUGGAGCUACAACUCAUCAAGAAAGAGAUAACAGGCAUAGGUCCCAGUACUACUACUGAGACAGAGACAGUUGCAAAGUAUGAGAUCAUGGAUGGCGCUCCAGUUAAAGGAGAAUCAAUCCCCAUCAGACUGUUCCUGGCAGGAUAUGACUUGACACCCACAAUGAGGGAUGUCAACAAGAAGUUCUCUGUACGCUACUUCCUUAAUCUGGUGCUGGUGGACGAAGAGGACAGAAGAUACUUUAAACAACAGGAGAUUGUUUUGUGGAGAAAAGCCCCAGAGAAGUUGAGGAAAAGAAACUUCCACCAGCGUUACGAGUCGCCCGAGUCCCGGACCCAGCCAGCUAAUGUAGAGCAGCCAGAGAUGUGAAAGUGACGCUAUGAACUGAAAAUCCACACAUGCCAACCCCAACUCUUCACGGCUGAACAGCCAGAGGUGUGAGGGCUGCCCCGCCAUCUCCCUGGACUGAGAAAUGUCUGUAUACAUGAACACAUACAACGUACCUUCAGACAUCCCCCUCACCACAUCAUGGCUUCAGGACUGAAACACACCGACAUAUGGACGCACAUGUCUACUGAAUGCUACAUGUCAAGUGCACAUCAAACCAAGUAAGGGACAGUUAGGUAGCCUAUUUGAUCCCGGCAUCCGAAACUGACACGCGCACAUAUACUCAAGCACAUACAAGUGAAGCCAUAUGGUCUUAGUUUGCUGAAUGCAUAACAAAACAGGAGCAAAAACAGAAAAGAUGAGAUGGCUGCAUCUCUUUCUUCUGCAACAGAAGCUUCUUUCCCUGUCCUCCCUCUCAGCUCCCUACAAAAUGACACUUUGGAGAAUCUGAAUGAGCUAGCCAGUGAUUCAAAGUAUUCAAGACGUGGGGAUCAGUGUGAAUGAAGGACAUGAAAUUCUUGACUGCGAGUCAACACACGCUCUGCCUUUACUCACCUGUUACCUGUGUUUGAGCUACGGUGAUGCCACUGUGCUCUCGUUCAGCCAUCUAGAUAGUGCCCAGUUUUUGUUAAGUGUGCUGCAAUGGCCCACAGACUGCUCUCUUCAACAACGUGUCUGCCUAAUUGGAAUAUGAGACUUCAGUGCAAUAGAUUCCAUAUUUAAAUGUGGCUGCUGUUUGUAAAAACAUCAACAUUACCCUCUUAGACUUCACUUCUCAUUUCAUUCAACAAAAGUGUUUAUUCAAGAUGCACAUUAUCAGCGUCAUUUAUUUCAUGCUGUUAUUUAAUUACAGCAGACUCAUCUGGAGCUGCAACUAAUGAUUAUUGUCAUUAUCAAUUUGCAAAUUCUCAGUGAACUGAUUGAUUGAUUAUAAAAUGGGUUCAUCACAGUUUUCUAACCCGAAGUGACCGCUGCAGAUGUCUCGUUUUGUCUGUCUCAAACCUAAAGUGUUCAGUUUCCAGUGACAUGGAGAGAACCACCCAAA